AAACGUAUUAGAACCAUUUAUCCCUUCGUGACUUACUGACGUUUUUUAACUCAAGUUAAAAUGACUGGCCGUGGAAAGGGAGGAAAAGGAUUGGGAAAAGGAGGAGCCAAACGUCAUCGUAAAGUUCUUCGUGAUAACAUCCAGGGAAUCACUAAGCCAGCUAUUCGUCGUCUGGCUCGUCGAGGUGGUGUUAAACGUAUUUCUGGUCUGAUCUACGAAGAAACUCGCGGUGUUCUGAAGGUCUUCCUUGAGAACGUUAUCCGUGAUGCAGUCACCUACACCGAACACGCCAAAAGGAAGACAGUGACAGCUAUGGAUGUUGUCUAUGCGCUGAAACGUCAAGGACGUACCCUCUACGGAUUCGGAGGUUAAACGCGCUUUCAACGAAUUAAAAAGAAUCGGCCCUUUUCAGG